GUGGCGUUGUGUAUCCAUUUAAUGCCGAGGUUCCAGGAUCAUGGGAGAUGGGAGGAGGAUGGAGUAUUCAUCUUGAAAAUUCGAUAGCGCUUCCAGAAUCGGAUUUUCAGCCAUCAGCUUGCGACAGGGGUCUUGAUCCACACGUUCCAGACCCUCAGGACCAUGCCAAUGUCAACCAAAAGACCGCACGCGCCCGGGCUUUGCAUUUGGAUCCUCAGUCCUAUUGUCAUUCAUUUUUUUUUUGUUUCCCAGUGACUGUCAUUCAUUUACCCACGUCCACCAUGCGUUCCUCUUUCCUCCUCGCUGGCAACCUUUGGGUCAUUCUGGGCGCAGCUACCUCAGCAAAGCUAGAGCAACGCGAUAAUGUCGAGGAGUGUGUCCAGGAUGGGCUGUUGAACUGUUUCAGCAGUUCACUGGUACAGGCCAGCCAAUUUUGUACCAACUCGAUCGUCACAGUAACUACAUUCACCGAGGUCGUCACUGUCACCCCUACCGUCACCGUUACCAAUGCCGUCACCGAAACUGCAACUAUCACCGAACCUGUCACCGAACCCACGACCAUCGCACAAAGUCUACCCCUGAAAGCUAGACGCUGGAAAAGGGGCUGCUCCAACAGACCGCCAUUGAACUGCCUGCGCAGCUUCGCUUCUUCCGUCGAGCCACUGCAGUUCACUUCUGCUUGUGGAUGCAUUGGGAUCACAUCGACUACUGAGCUUGCUACCGUAACUGCUGAUGUCACAAGCACAAUUUUUGAAACACCGACCGUUACCGAAUAUGUCACCGUUAGCCCGACACCUGUGGAGGAAGAAUCUACCCAGCAACCUACAACCGAGCCAGCCCCCACAACUCCAAUUGAAGAGUCUACGCUCGAGCCCACAGCAACCCCGACCCCUGAGGUGACCACAACAACCACUGCCGAAGAGUCGACACUCGAACCCACCACGACAACAGCGCCUGAGCCCACAGCAUCCACUGUUUCCGUGCCCGAGUCCACCACAUCAGCAGCAGCACCUCCGUUGAUCACCAACGGGGACUUCAGCAGUAACUCGCUGGAAGGAUGGAGUAUCACCAACAGGGUCGGUACCGGUGCCAGCGUUGGGGUUAUCUCACAGGGUGCUGGCAAUUACGUGAUGGAGAUCCAGUCGAGCUACUUUGUCAGCGCCACCAUCGCCGGACUUUCUGUAUCUCAAACUAUCAACUGCGAGCCAGGGGCUGAUUAUAGGCUCACAUUCCGAAUCAGCGUUAUUUCCAGUUACACAAAUGGGAAUCCGUGGUCGGUUAUUCUGGGUGGAAGGUCGAUCACGUCAGGUGCCGGUUCUUCUUUGGCAUGGACUCAAAUCGGCUAUACCUUUGUCUGCUCAGCAACACAGGGCGGAAAUGACCUUACCUUCCGGAUCCAGUCCAACAACAACAGAGCGGCGAGGAUGUUGGUGGAUGAUGUGGUGGUGACGAAACUUUAGUUCUGAUGGUUUAGGGGACACAUCUGGUUGAUAUGGGUUGGAAAGGGAGGCACUGUUUCGAUCCAGGGACUCAGAAGAAGGGGGCAAGAACAGCAUUUCAGUUUUGUUCUGCACCUUCGAGCCAACAUAAACACACACGAGCAUCUCUCCAUUAUGAAAGAAACCUUCAAAGC